GUCGACCAAUGACAGAUCAAAUUAUGCGGCCUGGAAAGCGCGAUCCUGCCUGCUGGCUGAAUAGGGCUUGAAAGUGAUGACGACAAAACCGGCCAGGGAGUACGUGGGCCAGCCGGUCGUUGCAUCGUUGUGGACAGAGCUUUGAGGCAAGACACGGACCGUUGCGCAGUACACGGCUGGCUCAGAGUCAGACGGAGUUACUCAGCACAAUCAUACUAGUAGUCAUUCCUAUCGGUGCACGGAGUGACAGCAUAGAUACCGGGCCGACGGAGACGCUCGCAGCACUUGGUUUGUUCGCUGCGCGGCGGGCCGGCUCGGGCAGGCGCUGAGUUACUGCUCAGCAUGUCGCACCACACAACGGGUACAUCGUCUGGUGGUGGCGAUGAAGGAGGUGAUGGCGGUGACGUUCUGCUUAUGCCCGAAUGCGAGGCCUUUGUACAGUCUCUGAAACUCAGCACCUUGGAGGAGUUGGGCAGCCCAAGAUGGGCAGUGCAACACCAGCAUAUAGAGAAACUGAACAUGCAGGCUAUUAUCAAUGCACAGUCUCAGGCAGAUCCGUAUGUCAAGGAAGCGCUCACACUGCACGACAAGAUGGACGUAUUGAUUGAGCAGUUGCUGACUGUUGAGGUGUGGAAGGAGAAAGUCUUCCCACCGCUGGUCGAUAAAGAAGGGUUUUCACCGCAGCAAACAUUUCCUAUCGUGAUGUUGCUACACCAUGAAGCCACGCUAAUCAACCUACUGGAGACAGUCCUAUACUAUAGGGAUGCAUGUGAGUGUUGUGGAGAGUCAGUCCUGGAUUUGUUGGACUAUUGCUACCGCAAGAUCACCACGCUAAUAGCUAGACAAGAAGCAGGAGAACUAAAUCAGAUGUUUGAAGAAGAUCACCAAGGCACAGCUGUCACUGAGCGCUCUAACAUAGAGGAAGUGAAGUUCCAGGAGAACAAAGUGCAGUUCGAUAUCGCCACGAAGUGUUUAUCUGUGCUGCGCUACAUCAUUGAACACCGUCACGGCCUGCCACUGUCUGUGCUUGCCAGAGUGCUCAACGUACACGAUGUGCCCUGUCUCUUAGUGAAACUCAUAGAAGAAUCUCCAUGGCAACGAAGACAGCAUGGCUCCGUUCUCAAGUACAUCCAGGGCCGAUGGGAAGCGGUGUCGGCGGCGGAUACCUACAAAUUGACUAAGACAGAGGGACAGAUCUGGAUAGCCAUCCACCAUUUGAUCAUGGACGUGGACAGCCAGCGGCGCUACAACUUCUCAGAGCACAGCAAGGGCAUAAUGCUGCGGCUGCGAGCAUACCUGCCGGAGAUAUUGCUUGAUCAGCUGCCAUUCCUCGUGGACCUCAAGUCCUUCCUGGAACGCAUGGCUGUCUCCGACCCCAGUGCCCAGCCUGUAAUGUCCUCCUCGGUCGUUAUUGAGCAGCUUCCUGAGAUCAGGCAAUGCCUACUGGAACGGUAUGCAGGCAAGUGGUCUCGCAUAGCUGACACGCAGCGUGACAAGUACUUCGAUCCCAGCCCUGAGGAAAUGAAGAAGAUGGCUGACAGGUGGUGUGAGACAUACGAUUUCAAGUCCCUGGAGCGUCUGUCCAUCACGGACAAGCCGCGGUGUGCAUUGUGCGGCUCUGACGCCUCUAACAGAUGCUCAAAGUGCCAAAUGGAGUGGUACUGUGGAAGGGCCUGUCAGGUGAAGCACUGGAAGAAGCACAAGCCAGCCUGCAGUCUCAUGUCUACUCAUACCGAUACAGCCACCCAAGCAUCUACUGUUACCGCCAAUACGGCGUAGCAUACUACUUGUAUGUAUAGCUACAUGUAGUGGUAACAUAGCAACACACUCAGGACCGUCGGCAGUAGUUUUUGAUUGGUCUGGCCACGCGACAGCCUUUCAUACUGUGUGUGUGUGUGCAUGUGUGUGUGUGUGUGUGUGUGUGUGUGUGUGUGUGUGUGUGUGUGUGUGUGUGUGUGUGUGUGUGUGUGUGUGUGUGUGUGUGUGUGUGUGUGUGUGUGUGUCUGUCGGUGUGUCUGUGUGAAAUAGCUGCAUGGUGACACAUGACCUCCUCAGCAGUAAACACCUGUUCGUGGCCAACAAGCUAGUCAGGUGAUGAUCUGACCAUCUGGACUGGUUCCAGCCCGUCAGCUAUGUGCUGCUUGUGUGCACGCCGGUGGUUAGACUUCGUAUCCAUUUGUUUCUGUUGUAACGGUCUUUCUCAUGAUCUAAUUCCUGUAAUUCCACAAAAUUCCUGUAAUUCCAUAAAAUUCCAUACAAUUUCUGUAAUUUCUGUAUUAUACUGAGUUGAGACGUCCAUAUUGCCCAAUAUUUGCAGCAAAAACUGCUUUUUGUAUCUUAUUGCAGAAAGCUUGCCCUAUUUUUUUAUUUGAGGAGGAGACUCCAGUGUGGGAGCAAACCCAUUCCGAAAAACUCA